UAAUGAAUAUACUAAAUAAAGCAACAUUAGGAGGUGGAUGCUUUUGGUGUAUUGAAGCUGUCUACAAAAGAAUUUAAGGAGUAAGUGAAGUUUAUUCUGGAUAUAGUGGAGGUGCAUUAAAAAGCACUGCCAAUUAUAAAGAUGUAUGUAAAGGGAAUACAGGUCAUGCUGAAGUAGUUUAAGUACUUUUCGAUCAAAAUAAAGUGGAUUAUAAAGAUUUACUUUAUAUCUUCUUUGCAUCACAUGAUCCAACCACUUUAAAUAGAUAAGGUAAUGAUGAAGGAGAAUAAUAUCGUUCAAUUAUAUUUUAUCAUAGUGAAUAAUAGAAGGCAAUAGUCAAUGAAGUAAUUAAGGAAUUACAAAAAGAAUACAAGAAUCCAAUAGUAACUCAAGUAGUUGAAUUUUAAGAAUUUUAUAAAGCUGAAGAUUAUCAUUAGGGUUAUUAUGAUAACAAUUAAAAUGAAGGAUAUUGUAGAGCUGUAAUAUCUCCUAAGAUCGAGAAGAUUAUUAAGAAAUAUAAAACAUAACUCAAACCAGAAUUUUUAUGAU